AUGCCGGAGCAUUUGGAACUUCAGCAUCUUGUAGAUUUAUCGGUUGGAAGCGAUGAAACCUUGCCAAACCUUCUCGAGAAUAAACGACCUUUGAUAAAGCGAUGUCCAUACAUUGGUUUACUCUUGGCCACAUUAUCUUCGCUUUUCUUUUCAUUAUGUUCGGUAAUAGUGAAAAGCCUAGUUAACAUAGAUCCAAUCCAACUGGCAAUGUUUCGUUUUAUUGGUGUCUUAUUGCCGACUGUGCCCAUUGUUAUUUACACUGAACAACCAAUAUUUCCACAAGGCAAGCGAUUACUACUUAUACUACGAUCUAUUGUUGGCACCAUAGGACUAAUGUUAAGCUUCUACGCUUUUCGGAAUAUGCCAUUGGCGGAUGCUUCAGUGAUAGUUUUCUCAGUACCUGUGUUUGUUGCAUUGUUCGCUCGAGUAUUUUUAAAAGAGCCAUGCGGUAUUUGGAAUACAAUUUCCAUAAUAUUAACUCUAGUAGGUGUAAUACUAAUCACUCAUCCUCCAUUUAUAUUUGGUGAUGAAAAAGUUGAAAGCAAUGAAAAUUAUGAUAGUUUACGAGGUGCCAUUGCAGCAUUUGUCUCCACAAUAUUUGGGGCAAAUGCUUAUGUAUUGUUACGAGUACUUAAAGGUUUACAUUUCUCUGUUAUUAUGACUAAUUUUGGUGCUAUUGCUAUAUUACAAACAUUAUUUGUUUCUGUGGUAUUUGGCACUUUGUGUAUGCCAAAUUGUGGUACAGAACGACUUCUAGUUGUAUGCCUAGCUUUAUUUAGUUAUUUAGGACAAAUUCUACUCACUAUGUCUCUGCAAAUGGAGCAAGCCGGCCCAGUUGCUAUUGCCAGAUCUGCAGAUAUUGUGUUUGCUUUUCUUUGGCAAGUAAUGUUUUUUGAUGAAAUACCAAGUAAAUAUUCAGUUUGUGGAGCUGUCUUAGUUCUUUUGUCUGUAUUAUUAGUAGGUUUACGUAAAUGGGCUUUAGCCCUCCCAGCUGAGUCACAGUUAAGAAAAAUGUUAGGAGUUUUGGCACAAUAA